GACCUGCAACACUGAGAGCGAGAAAAUUGACAUUUGAAACGGUAAAAACCCACCAGAAAAUGCAAAACCGCCACCACUGAACUCACCACACUCCCCUCCGUCUCUUACCCAGCAAUGUCACAGGGCGUUCAUCUCAUCUGUUCUGGACCAUCAGAUAGCAAAUGUCUACCUUGUUCUGGGAUUUCGGGGAGAGUAGCCCCUGUCUAUCCUUGCUCUUCUCGUUUCAACCAUAGAUUCAAGUCGCAGGUCAGGGUUGGAUCACUAAGAGGCGCUUAUACUGGGGUGUCUUUUACGUGCAGAGCAGGUUCUAGUGGUCGUAAUAGAAAUCCAGACUUCCCAAGGCAAAACAGGCAAGGGUACUCUCGGGGGAGGAACAGGAGAAAUGAAGAGAGAGACAGCUUUGAAAACCUUGAAGAAUCUGAUUUGCUUUCUGCUAAAAAUGGUCCACUGCUCUCCCUCCCUAGUAACACAAAGUUUGGGGCUACUGCAGCCCCUGGUCCCAGAGAAAAAGAGAUUGUUGAGCUGUUCAGGAAAGUCCAGGCUCAGCUUCGGGAGAGAACUGCUGUUAAAGAAGAAAAGAAGGUUGAACCCGUGCAAGGGCAAGGUAAAGAUAAUGGAACUGUGGAUUCUCUUCUUAAACUACUAAGGAAACAUUCGGCUGAACAGGCAAAGAGAAACAGUAAUGGGGUUGGAAACAAAGACUUUAUGUUGGACCAACCAGAAAAGACUGGCCGAUAUAGUGAAAGAAAAAACACGGCUUCUUUGGAUUCAAUUAACAGUGUGAAGGAUUAUGCUGAAGAGCCUACUGCCUCUUUGAGCAGGCCUGCAUCAAGUUUUCGACGCAAGUCUCCUAUCAAUCGAUUGACAUAUCAACCUAUUUAUUCAGAGGAUGAUGAGAUAGUCAAUUCGGUGCAGCAUGUGAAUUCAACUGACAAAAGAAAAAAGAAUUAUGCUGAGAGAGUUUCUGAACCAGAACCUGAGCCAGAGCCAGAGCCAGAGCUUGAGAUUGAUGUGGAGUCGGUACUUGAGCCUGAGCCUGUUCAUGAUACUGAGUUUGGAUUUGAACCUGAACCCGAGCCUGAGCUAGAGAUUGUUCAGUUGUUAGAGGAUGAGACUUCAGGUCCUGAAGAAAAUGUUGAUGAUGAGGAGGACGAAGUCCAAGAGCAACUGAUUGAACAGACGGAUUUGAGUGCAUAUAAGCUACCAGAAUUGAGGGCACUUGCCAAGUCUCGAGGCGUGAAAGGGUUCUCAAAGAUGAAGAAGGCCGAGCUUCUGGAGUUGCUAAGUGGUGGGAGCUUAGAUGAUUCAUGAUUGCAUGAGAUACCAGUUCGACAUUUUAAUACAUGUUGCAAAAUUUUUGUUUUGGUUUCUUUUAUUUUAGCUGUGUUUUCACUUAUUAUGUUAGUCUUUCACAGAAAAGCUUGUUCCGCGCGGGUCUUUUUGGAUCAACGGCUGAUCUGACCCCAGUGUGAAUUGGCCUGUUUUUUGUUCAGUUCAGUCAUCUUAGGGAAGUUGUGUCAGAUUUAUUUUGCUUUGUAGACUAGUGAGUGAGUGCUCUAUGUAAAACUAGUGAGCUAGUUGAUAUAUCAAAUUCACAUUUGUAAUUGUGAUCAAGAAAAUAGAGCAACACAAACUUUUAUCA